ACCCACAAAAUUUGGGUACGUAGGUGACAAACACAUGAAGCAGCCAUAUACAUAUAUACACGCUUCUCACAUUUCCUACUGUGCACUCUGUAGCUACAUCUUGAUUAUUUUCUAUUUAAAGGUUUCAAAGGUUGAGGGAAACUUCAGGACUACUGCAUUUAUGCACACACACACGCACACAGAUAGAUUGAUAAUACGGUGAGAUUGAGCUCAAGCUAGCUUGCUUGCAACAUGCGUCGAUCCACAAUCAAUAAUCCGACUUCCUUCUUCUCCAUACUCCCGCCGGAAUCCAACCAGGUACUUUUCGAAGAAAAUUCAGGUGGUCGAAAGGUUGUGCUAAAUAGGACUCAAAAGCUGAAUUGCCUCACCUAUGACAUGAUUUCUAAAAUUUCAAAGGCUUUGAAAGAGUACGAGGAAGAUCGAUCGGUCAAAGUUGUGAUCUUGAAGGGAAAAGGAAAAGCAUUUUGUGCUGGGGGAGAUGUUCUUAGUGUUGUGAGCUGUUCUACUAUGGGGCAUUGGAGCUUUGCAGCAAUCUACUACAAGAAACAACUUCUCCUAGACUAUUUAAUUGGUACAUAUAAAAAGCCCUUGGUUUCGCUCAUCAAUGGAAUCGUAAUGGGGGGAGGUGCUGGACUAUCCCUGCAUGGCAGAUUUCGGAUUGUCACCGAGAACACUAUAUUUGCCAUGCCAGAGGCAUCAAUAGGGCUUUUUCCAGAUGUUGGUGCAUCACAUUUCCUUUCCAGGCUGCCUGGCUCUUUUGGAGAAUAUCUAGGGCUUACUGGUGCUAAAAUAGGUGGAUCAGAAAUGCUUGCAUGUGGGCUUGCCACACAUUUUGUUCUUUCAAAGGACCUUCAUUUGUUGGAAAAUGCACUAUGUGAGGUGACAUCUUCCAAUAUUUCAAUCAUCUCUAAUAUGAUUGAUAGAUUUACACAUAAAGUAUCUUUGAAACAAGAUAGUGCUUAUGCAAGAUUGGACGUUAUUAACAAAUGUUUCUCAAGAAAAACAGUUGAAGAAAUAUUAGAAUCCCUCGAGAAUGAGGUAAAAAAUGGAGCCCAAAAAUGGCUUAUUGCAGCAAUAAGUUCCCUAAAAUCAGCUUCUCCAAUGAGCCUUAAAGUUACUCUUAGAGUGAUUAGAGAAGGGCGAAAGGAAAGGCUAAAAGAAUGUUUAAUUCGAGAUUAUAUUAUCAGUAGCCACAUGUUACGAAGAACUAUCAACGGUGAUUUCUAUGAGGGCGCAAGAGCAAUGCUGAUUGAGAAAGACAAAAAUCCUAAGUGGGAGCCUUCAAAACUAGAGCUAGUUAGCAAGGAAAUGGUGGAUCGGUGUUUUGUUGCUCCUGAAGAUGAUCAUUGGGAAAAUAUGCAUUUUCCUUAUAGAGCUUGUCCAAGCAACAUGUACAGACCAAGACUCUAAGCUUGUUUUUGAGUAUGGUGCAAAGAAAAAGAAACAAUGCUUGAUUUUGUUCGAAGUUAAUUUGAUAUUUAAAUAGUAGUGAGGUACACGACCUAAGAGGAAUACUCUAUUACGUGCGUUUUCUAUAUGUAUUUACGGAUAAAACAUUUGCACGAGAGUUCAUUUAUGUAUGACAUACAUGGUAGAGGCGACCACAUCGAUCCAAAGAUAUUUUUUAGAUUCUUAUACGACCACUCUUAGGCUUUCAAAAGAUAUCUCUGGGGGAGCAUUAGUAUGCUGGAGCAGAUCCCAUGCCCAAGUGUGGGUCCGCUUCUCACCUAAACUUGUCUAGGAUUCUUUCGAGAGAGUCUUUCGAAAAACUCAUCAUUUUUUGUGUUAUAAAUACUCAUGUUGAAUUUAUAAAAUAACAUGGAAUAAAAAGUGUGCUUUCAUGUUUUCAUUUACUAA